ACGUCCAAGCACACCGCUGGAAGCGGUAACCACUCCGUCCAGAGACCACCAGGACGCCGAAGGAACGCCGGUGAGUUGCUAAGGGCAAAAAAGGAGUUUCGUUGCAUUAAUCCGAUCCAUUAUUGUGCCAGAUUUGCUGCCAAAUCACCAUUCGAACACCGGUGAAAGAGAACCGUGUGAAGACCCACGAGGAUCGUCCAGAACCGAAGGCCAGUUCAGCAACGAUCGCCAGGCCCAGUCUCGCCGAAGAUCAAGAGAGCGGAGAAAGAAGGCCGCGGAAAACAAAAGGGAUUGCUUGCGAGCGUGAGUCAGCAACAAAAACCGGGUCGAUGAGGCAGCUAAUGGGUGAACCUUUCUCAUCCCAUGUAGGAUCCCUUUUUCUGCGGAGGCUUAGAACGGCCCUAAUCUGCGCGGUACCGGAGCAGCAACACGGGCGAAGCUCGCACGAGACGGCCGGGACGUUACCGCGAGGGUUUUCGCGCGCGGUCGGAUUCGUUUGGCGGAUCAACAGCGUCGAGAGACGCGGGGCGAGUUGGUGUCAGGCACCAAUCGCGAGGGCGCGGGAGAGAGGCCAGCUAGCCAGCUGUGCGAGGGCAGCGGCGUCGACCGGUGCUGAAGAAGUGUGGGGCAGUCGAGUUCACCGCGGGCAGACCAGCCCACGUGGUCAGGAGCAGAGCGGGCCAAGUCGACACGCGCGCCCGGAUCGAGCAAAGAAGCUGCGGCUGGUGUCGUCUGCGGAAGGCGGCAAGAAGGUGAUCGCCUAGAUCACCUGCGUGCAGCGAUCCUGCGGGGCGCGAGCGGCCAAGACAGAGUACGCGUUCGUCGGUGUGGCUGUCCAGCGACGUGCGAGCACGCGGGUGCCGAAGAAAAAGAAGCCAAGCAUGAGUGAGUAAGAAAAUCAGGCCUGAUUUAGAGUUUAAGAAUCGCUACGGCGAACUUGAUGUUUAUAGUUGUACGGUAAAAUACAGUAAUAUGCAGAAACUUGCA